CGCCCUACCGGGCGCUUCUUCCGGGUGGGAACCCGGGCGGAGCCGAUGGCGCCCUGGGCGCUCCUCAGCCAUGGGGUCCUGGUGCGGACCGGUCACACGGUGCUGACCUGGGGGAUCACGCUGGUGCUCUUCCUGCAUGAUACCGCACUGCGGCAGUGGGAAGAGCAGGGGGAGCUGCUCCUGCCCCUCACCUUCCUGCUCCUGGUGCUGGGUUCCCUGCUGCUUUACCUGGCUGUGUCACUCAUGGACCCAGGAUACGUGAAUGUCCAGCCCCAGCCCCAGGAGGAGGCCAAGGAGGAGCAGACAGCCAUGGUUCCUCAGGCCAUCCCCCUUCGGCGCUGCAGAUUCUGUAUGGUGCUGCAACCCCUGCGGGCCCGGCACUGCCGUGAGUGCCGACGCUGUGUCCGCCGCUAUGACCACCACUGCCCCUGGAUGGAGAACUGCGUUGGGGAGCGCAACCACCCGCUCUUCGUGGCCUACCUGGCGCUGCAGCUGGUGGUGCUUCUGUGGGGCCUGUACCUGGCAUGGUCUGGCCUCCACUUCUUCCAGCCCUGGGGGCUCUGGCUGCGGUCCAGCGGGCUCCUGUUCGCCACCUUCCUGCUGCUGUCCCUCUUCUCCCUAGUGGCCGGCCUGCUCUUGGCCUCGCACCUCUACCUGGUGGCCAGCAACACCACCACCUGGGAGUUCAUGUCCUCACACCGCAUUGCCUACCUCCGCCAGCGCCCCGGCAACCCCUUCGACCGUGGCCUGACCCGCAAUGUGGCCCACUUCUUCUGUGGAUGGCCCUCGGAGUCCUGGGAGACCCUCUGGGUGGAGGAGGAGGAGGAGGAAGGCAGAAACCAGGCUGUUUAGGGUCGCUGGAGCCAGGGCCACCACCUUGUGCCUGAAAACCAGAGGGGCUGUACCCAGGGGAGUCGGCCCUCCAAGGGCUUGGGGCUCCUCACUCCUGCCCACUCCUUCCAGGCCUCAGAGCAGAGCUGAGGAACAGAACCCUGCUUCCAUGGGCAGCUCUGCUCCCCAAAGGCAGAAGGGGAAGAAGAGGACCCGUAGGGGUCUUGAGCACAAAGGCUUUGGAGACCUCCACCCAGCUCCCCCCCAAGCAAGGCUGCCUGCAGUGCACAGUUUUAUAACUUUAAUAAUUCAUAAAGC